ACAGAUGUAGGUCCCCACAAGGAUAGUAAUGCUAGGCCACACACACAGGAAGGAUUGUGGUGGCUCUGUAGGUCAAGCCAGUUUUGAUCCUGUGGUGGAAUGUAAUAAGUACAUUUACCCAUGUUUUGUACUUGAAUUUACAAUUUUUGGAAUUUUUUUAAAAGUUUUGAUUUCAAGCUACUUUAGACUUCUACUUCACUUAAUUAAAUUAUAGUAUGGCAACUUUUACUUGCGUAUAAAAUCUCAUUACUUCUUCCACCCCUUUUUCCUAACCCUGCCCUCAACAGUGAUUACCCGUACCUGAGCGAGCACUUCAGAGAUAGUCACUACCUGUGUGAGGAGGGCCGCUGCGCCACAGAACAGUUCACCCAUGCAUUCCGCUCCGAGAUCGACUACAAGGCCCACAAGGCCGCGGAGCACAGCAAGAACCGUGCGGAGGCUCGACAGAACCGACAGAUCGACCUGCAGUUCAACUACGCCCCAAGGCAACAGGGCAGGCGAAAUGAAGGCAUGCUGACAGGUGAGGACUAUGAUGAGAUGCGUCAGGCUCGCGGGGGAAGAGGAAGGGUUCAGGGGGGACAGAAGAGCUGGAGGUACUCUCGAGAGGACGAGGACAGGGAUGUGGCGGCUGCUAUGAAGGCAUCCAUGGCGACGCGUAGGCAGGAGGAGAGGGUAUCCACGCAGGACAGAGGAUCCAUGCACGAGAGAGGAGGAGGCAUGCACGAGAGAGGAGGAGGGAUGCACGAGAGAGGAGGAGGCAUGUACGAGAGAGGAGGGAUGCACGAGAGAGGAGGAGGCAUGCACGAGCGAGGAGGAGGCAUGCACGAGCGAGGAGGAGGCAU